AACAGAAGCUACUGUGCACAGUGAAAAACACACCCACCGGAGGGGCCGCGCACGAGUUCUGCCACCCCAAACCGGCGGGUUAGCGCCAGACUCCAUCACCGGGACGUGAGGGAGGCUGCAGGGAACAGCACGAUGUGGCAAAAGAGGGCAGCGCCUAUGACUGUGUGAUACCACCUAUGGAGAAAGCUGUAGUGAAAACAGAUAUUCAAAUUGCACUUCCUUCUGGAUGCUAUGGCCGAGUAGCACCACGUUCUGGUUUAGCUGCAAAACACUUCAUUGAUGUUGGCGCUGGUGUUAUUGAUGAGGAUUACAGGGGAAAUGUUGGUGUGGUACUCUUCAACUUUGGCAAGGAAACUUUUGAAGUGAAAAAAGGGGAUAGGAUUGCUCAGCUGAUCUGUGAACGUAUUUUCUAUCCUGAGCUAGAAGAAGUUCAAGCUCUAGAUGAUACGGAACGUGGCACAGGUGGCUUUGGUUCUACUGGGCAGAACUGAAGAUGCCUUGAAUAUACUUUUUGUAACUUUUUUGGUUAUAUUAUUUAAAUUUUCAUUUCAAACAAAGGUAGAUAAAAAUAGUUUCAAGGUUUUAUACAGACAUCUCCAUAUCUGUUCUGUCUGUUCUUAUAGGCAGUGAAUUUAUCUGCAUUAUGGGGAAAAUGCAUGAAUGACUAAACAGAUCGGUUGCUGGGUUUUUUUGUGAGAUGUUUGAUCCUCAGUAACAAGUACCAUUGUUUAUGUGCCGAUUAUACUAUAAUAAAUGUGAAAAUAACUUCAUAAUUUGGUUUUAUUUUACUCAUCUAAAUUAAAAAUACCUAUCUGUUCACUUGCCAGUUUGUAUUAAUCUUCUGAAAGCUUGCUUUCCCAUAUCUCAGGAUUCCAUGCUGAGCCUGUUUCAUAUAGAAUCGGUGAUAAUACAAAUAUCAAUAUGACUUCCUACUCUGUGACCCCUAAAUCGGAAUAAGCUAAAGAUAUUUAACAUUGUGUCUUCUGCAACCUUUAAAAAUACUUGUGCAUCAUUACAAAGCUAAUACAUUAUCUCUGAUCUUUCAACAGCCAUUUUUUCAGCCCUUUGUUAAAAGGCAGACAAUACAGUAAGUUUGACUGGAGUUAAACAAGAACUCAUCUGGAAGUAACUUUGAUACAGUACAUUCAUGCUAUGAAAUAGGCUGCUUGUUGACAAAUUUAUCAAUAAAUGACUAUAUAGAAGGAGGAUUAUUAUUGAAGCAGCAUACAAACCCUUUUUUCGGUAAGAACAUUUGUUCCGUUAUGACCAGUUAACAAAAAUCUGUUUUGGAAUCUGUCCCAAACCUGAUUGUCUCAAACUGCGGGGCUCUAUUACAUGACUUGUAAACGUUUCAGGUGAAAGAACAUGAGAAGGGGCAAAAAGGAAAGAAUCUUAAAUAUUCUGCCACUUCACAGAAAGCAAUUACGAAAUGCUAUGAGGCUCUCAAAACACAGAAGUUUUUCCUGCAGCUCUCUGUAUGCUGCUUUUAGAUUUUUCUUAGCUGAAGUGUCACAGAUAUAAGAUACUGUGCUUUAUGUACGGUGUCUCAACAGUAGAAAGCUAGGAGGUGUUUGUAGAUUAAUGUACUCACACCAUUCUUCGUAGUUUUGAAUUCUGUUGCCAUUAGUUCUAUGUUCUCUUCUAGGGCCAACCAUUUCCAGUGAAUUAGGUCUAAAAUACUGCUAACUAUAUCCAUUUCCUGUCUUCCCCAAGAGACUGGAAAACACACUGUAAUAAGACAGCAUUCUAAUUCCUUCAGCCAGUAGGAUAGUCAUUUCAUUGACUUAACAGUGCUGAAACAAGUAAAUCUGUCUUUGAUCACAGUAAAAAUCUUUUUCUGCAUGUGCAUUUAACUAUGAUUAUCAAUGCUUUUUUUUCCUGCACCCUUAGCGCAACACCAUACUUGACUUACAUCUGUAUACCCAGGCCUUUAGAAGCUGGCUUACCAAGCAGAAGCCUAUUCUGAGUGAGAAGUGCAUCAUACCAGUCUAGCUUUAAAUAAAUUGGAAAAGCUGAACUAAGACACUAAGUUUCUUCCCUUAUAUAACCUGCUGGAGAGGAGCUUCAAUUAUCAAAAGCUAUUUAAAGGUCUUAAAAUAGCUAAGAUCCUUUUGUGUAAAGCGUUUUCCUCUUGCUGGAGUAUGAGACGAGAGCAAGUCUUGCUGCUCUCUUCCCCCCCAAAACCAGAACAGGGUAUACACUGACAGAAGUCCUUAAAUACUACAAGAUGAUCUCACUUGAGGUAGCAAUCUACAAGGAAAAAGUUGUGUUUGAGUUUUGCUGAUAAUACGCAUCAUGUGAUGUACCUGUUAGAAGCAUCUAAUUUCAAUUAGAUGUUCAAUUGUUAGGGUACCUAACAAUCUGGGUUCUGAGAUUAAAAAGGAAUAAUAUUUGAUAGGAAGAGUCUUAUCUCAGAAGUCAGGCUGCAUGAAGAAGAAACAUGACAGUAAGUUAAUGGAGAUUUGCCUUCUGUAAGUUAUCAACAUAAAGUACGCUAUUUAAGUGCCUUUACUAAGAAGCGGUCACUUACUUUAAAAUUUGCUAUAGCCAAAUUCCUUUUCAUUAUUUCUCAAUGCUUAUUUGGAGAGCUUGUAAUGAGUUGAAGACUACUGCAAGACUCUUGCCAAGAGGCUCUUGGAAAAGUCUGCCCAUCUGAAACAAGGCAAAUGCAUUCAAGAUUACCUCUACACUGAGAUUCUCCCUAUAUGAAUCAAACCACUGCACUAGGGUAGCAAAUUCUGAUAAUUGCCUUAAUUGAGGUGAUGCUUCAGGAUGAGUGACACAGCUAUAGAAGUUAAGUGCUUUUUACCAGGGAACCUGAGAAUUACAAAACAAUUUAUUGAAAGCUCUUAAGUUGUUGGGUUUUUUUUUUUUCCUUAUUAUUUUUAAACUGAAGACCACAAGCUAUAGCAAAGCGUAUAGAAUCUUUUUGUAUUGGUAGUGGAGAAAAGCAUUCUUACAAACUAUGCUGCCUACUUCUGUUCUCCCCAUUUUAAGAGACUUAGAAACAGCCCCACAGAAUUUCCUGAACAUAAACAUUAUUUUAACAUUCCCCUUUUCCAUUAAUAUUACAUUUGCUUUGAAAGUGCCUUAUCUUGGUAGCUGACAAACAGAUAUGGACGGCACAGAAUAGUACCUGUUGGAGAAACUAGCUUUUUCCUUCACCUGGCUCUUGUUCAUGUAAUUUAUCCUCUCCCUAUAAAUAAAGAAAAGGAGAUAGAUAGACUAGAACUCUUUUCAGCAAAGUUUAAACUUCCCUAUAUAUAAUGGCACAUUUUAAGUUUUAAUUAGGUUAUUUGAUCCUGUUUAAAAAUCAAAAAACAAUCUCGCAGGAGGAGACAAGUGUCAUCAGUACCUACAAAGGAUAUUUCUGUAGUUCGAUCACCUACAGAAGUUACAGUCAGCAUGUUAAAAUUUAUAGCACUUGAAAAAGGAAGAGAGGACUGGGAAACAUGUUGUUUUUGUUUGUUACUCUAUCUGAGAGAUUUCCUUCUGUCUAAAUUAAAUGGUUGUAAAUUAGUUUUAUAAUUAAUGAAAAACUGGCUGGUUCGUCAUUGGCUGAAUCAUGUGCUCGUCCAAGUCACCUCAGCAGAA